CCCUCCAAGACCACGCACGUCGUGGACUUGAUACAUAAACAUUUGAUCAGUAUGUGACGUGUGGCCUGCCAAAAAAUUUUGAGAGUCGCUAUGGAAACCGAUCCCAAUCUGUACAGCCCUUAAGAAAAAAACUCACUCGACCAAUCCCAUUUCGGGAUGAAAGUAAGAGAUUUUUUUUUCCCCCUCUCUUGUUUUUGAUUUUUUUUUUUGGGACUCUCUCUCUCUCUCUCUGCCGUUUUGGGGAGGGAAAAUGCGAGAGUUUCAGGGAGCUGGGCGCUUUUUUCUCUCUCGAAGAAAGAGGGAGAUACAAGAAAGUCAAAUCAGGCGUGAAGUGGAACAGUUGGCACUUUAGAGACGGGUUGAGGGACUGUGAGAAAAAAAAGUCUUUGGGUCUCGUAAAAAACCGCGGCAAAUCUCCGUUCCCAGCUGUGCGAGUGGGACUGGGAGAAUUGGGAACAAAGGGGGGGGGAAGAUAUCGCCUUCAACAGGAAUGGGUCAUUUGGCGAACAAUGCUGCCAGUACCGUCAGGGAACUCGCCAAGAGUCAACUGCUCGCUUGAUCGCUAACACCGGUGGGAAUUGAAGAGGGGAGAUGUUUUAACCCCGCUGGAAUGCGACUCCGAGGGUCCCCUACAGCGAGAGAGACAGGCGAGCGCUUGGGAUACCGCUGGAGGGAUGCAUUCGACGCGGUCGCUUUAAAGCAGGGCGCUUAUGGUUGUGCAAACUCUGAAGAAUGCUGCGGGCAGUCAGACUGUGCUGGUAUCUGGCGGUUGUGGCGUGCUUUAGGCCGGUGACCGGGGCUCAGUCGGUGUGUUGGCAGGCGCUGCUCCGUUGCCAGCAGGAGAAGGAGUGCAAGUGGGCUUACAGCCAGUACAGCGCGGCUUGCGAGCCCUUCCUGAAGGGCCUGCGGAGGCACUGCCCGAGCCACUGCAUCGGCGCUCUGGUCAAACUCAACCAGACUGUGAACGGGCCGGACUUGGAGGACUGCGACUGUGACCAGGACGCGCAAUGCAGGCGGGCAAAGAGAGCCAUCGAGCCUUGCUUGCCCCGGAGAUACAGCGGCGAGUCGGACCUCGGAUGCACCAAAGCGCGGCAGAGGUGCGAGGAUGAGUCGGUGUGUCACGGGGCGAUGAAGGAUUACCUCUCCAACUGCGGGCAGCUCUUUAACGGGAGGAGGUGCACCACCGUGUGCCGGGACACCAUCCACUACCUCCUCUCCAUCCCCACUGGCAUCCUGCUCAACACAUGUGUCUGCGACGGCGUGGAGAGGCCUUUCUGUGAGGUGGUGAAGGAAAACAUUGAGAAAUUCUGUGCCAUCAACGGCCACUCGUUUCUGACGGCCACGCCGGACUCGGAUGAGAAUUAUGAAUAUGAGGAUUAUGAAAUAAACAGAACAGAUUUAAAACCGCACCAAAGUGUCCCGGAGUCCAACUUCUCUGCGGCACACACGUGUUCUCCACUUCUCUUCAUUCUGCUUCCAGGCUUGUGGUUUCUAUAAUACUUUGUGCAAACAAUUAUUUGCAGAAUCAGCCCCGUUUCCCGGCUGGGAUUUUGUUUUUUAAAACGCCAUGUGCAAACCCUGGAUACCCGCUCUACAAUCUUUUGGGAUUUGGCUGGACUCGACUCAAAAACCGAACAAAACUCAGCAAGCGUUUCGUGUCCAGUUUACAGGCUCUCUGGCGAUGGGACAAGCACGACUGGGACAUCUGCUAGAUUUGUACGAAUACUUUUUUAUUAAUGUUGUACAAAAGGUGGUACACAUUUUUGGCACUAUUUAUGGUCUUGAGCGAAUGUAUAUAUGAAAUAAAUUCGGGCCACGGUUUUGUAUUAGAUGUC